UCCGCCAAAUCGUUUCUUCAUUCUUCCGAAUCAUAUAAAUGCACUGUCUCUCUCUCUGAGCUGUUUCAUCAAUACUCCAUUUAACGCCAUUCUCCAGAAAACCCUCUAUAGGAUAACACUCCACUAUUAAACAAUUCAUAUUUUAUACCAAAAUCAAUUUUGAAUGGUUCUUCACUGAUGGCGUCAUCGGCGUUCAAAUCGACGACUCGGAGAACUACCUUAGGAGGAGGUCCCGCGGGAGCCGAUGACUCCUCCGGUAGCUCUGGUAACAAAGCUCAUCGCCGUUCUAGGAGUCUCAGCCGAGUUUCCCACGGGCCGCGGCGCUAUGAGGAGCCUGUACAGGCUGACUUAGGCUACAAUGCUGCUCCGCGUGGGAAGUUUGUUAAUACGACUAGAGGAUCGGGAGUUCCUGAAAUCAGCCUUGAUGAUCUGGCGAUAGAGUUCUUUUCUCAAGAGGAGGACAGAGAAAAUAGUGACCGUGGCCGGUCAGAAAGGCGUGCGUCGGGGAUUGGACAUUGGGCGAGUGAAACAGCGUCGUCGAGGAGGCGUGGUAGGUCAGUUUCGAGACAGGGUUUGAAGACUUCUGCUGCUGAUCGGAAAAGCGUUGCUGCUGAUCGUUCCCGGAGUAACCUAGCUAAGUCAGAUGCCAGUUCGAGGAGAAGGAGGUCGGUUUCUGUUGUUCGAUAUCAGAUUAGUGAUUCGGAGAGUGAUCCAGAUCAUUAUCGAAAUUCCAACAGCCAAGUUGACAUCAAGAAGAGUCAGAGCAGCAAAAUUAGUGACUUUCCGUCAUCAAUGAAGCCAACAGCUGUAAAUAAUCCAAAAUUAAGGAGGUCUUUUAGCCAAAAAGACAUGUCUCUGUUACAUGAUGGCUACUCUAGUCACUCUUCUGCCUUGACUGACGAUGACACAAAGGAUGCUCUUAUCUGUAAAAAUGGCAUCGAGAAAACCAUUCGAGCAGUUUAUGCACAGAAAAAGGGUGAGCAUCCAAAUGGGGAUGUGAAUGGUGAACUGUACGAAGCAAUGAGAAAAGAACUCAGGCAUGCUGUUGAAGAAAUCAAAACUGAACUUGAACAAACCAUGGGGAAGAAAACUACUGGCUCCAAGUCAGGUCAUGUGGCCAGAAAGAGUUAUGCGACAAAAUUGGAGCAGGAAGACCAAAGAGGUAGGGAUCGGCGGAUUGUCAAAGAACUUCCUGAUACAAAAAGUUCUGCUGCUGGGCAGAAACAACCACGUAGAAAGAGAAGCAAUGAUAGAAACAGGACAUCAACACAAUUGAAUGAUGAGGCAGAGAAGUUUUUUGUGGAUUUCAUUGCAAAUAUAGAAGAUACAGAUUUUUCUUCAUUUGAUGGAGAAAGAAGUGAUGCAAGUUCCACAUUAGGAGGAAUAGCUAAGCCAAGGGACAGUAUUACUUAUGGGGAAGCAGUUAAUCAAAGUCCAGCAGGAGCUAAUUGUCAUCCUGUUGGAACUGACGGGGUUAUCUUCCCCUGGUUGCAGUGGGAGACAAGCAAUGAUGGUUCUUUCACUCCCAUAAAAGAAGUGGAAACUCCUGUUAGUACGAAACCGCCAAUAUGUGAUGCAAGACAGGACUUCACCUCCCCUCAGAAUGACGAUAGUUAUUCCAUGAGCAGCCAUGGGAGUUGGAGCCCAGCUAUUCAGCAGAGCCAACAGAAGAGUAGAACAAGCUAUACGAUUGAAGAUGGUGGAAACAUAUCAGGAGAACUUGAAAGUUGCCAAAGUUCAGGAUUUGAUAUGGCUGAAUACAACAAACUUAAACGAAGUGAAGAGCUGUUGUUUGAAAGGUAUCGAGAACGGAAUAGAAUUAGUUCAGGUGGUCUUUUACUUUGUGGUCAUUUUCGCUAGUUACAUUAUAUUUUGCUGAAACUCAUUUGCAGCUAGUAAAGUACAUAAGUUAAGUUAUUUAGGAGUAGCAAAAAAUUAUCAUGUAGUGAGUCUUGGAAGUUGGACUUUACUUCAUUUUGGAUUUUGGUUUGUUAAUGGUUCGGUCAUAUUUGCCCUCAUAGUUAUAUUUUGUUCAAAUAUACCCCUUACCCUAACGGAGACAAAGUAUAAGGAUACAUUUA